AUGCCGGACCCCGCGGCGCACCUGCCCUUCUUCUACGGCAGCAUCUCGCGCGCCGAGGCCGAGGAGCACCUGAAGCUGGCGGGCAUGGCCGACGGGCUCUUUCUGCUGCGGCAGUGCCUGCGCUCGCUGGGCGGCUACGUGCUCUCGCUCGUGCACGAAGUGCGCUUCCACCACUUCCCCAUCGAGCGCCAGCUCAACGGCACCUACGCCAUCGCAGGCGGAAAGGCGCACUGCGGCCCGGCUGAGCUCUGCGAGUUCUACUCGCGCGACCCGGACGGGCUGCCCUGUCGGGCCUUGAGAAGGUGGGGCCGGGGAGGGCGGGACCUGGGGCCGAGGGAGCUAUGGGUCUUGGUGAGACCGGCAGUCUUUGCCAGCCUGCGCUGUGCUUUGCUGCGCCCGUUUUAGAUGCUAGAGGGAUGGGACCUGGGCGAGGCCUUGGAGCAAGCCAUCAUCAGCCAGGCACCCCAGGUGGAGAAGCUCAUUGCCACGACAGCUCACGAACGGAUGCCCUGGUACCACAGCAGCCUGACGCGCGAGGAGGCCGAGCGCAAACUCUACUCGGGCUCCCAGACCGACGGCAAGUUCCUGCUGAGACCCCGGAAGGAGCCGGGCACGUACGCGCUGUCUCUGAUCUACGGGAAAACUGUGUACCACUACCUCAUCAGCCAGGACAAGGCGGGCAAAUACUGCAUUCCCGAGGGGACCAAGUUUGACACACUCUGGCAGCUGGUGGAGUACCUGAAGCUGAAGGCUGAUGGACUCAUCUACUGCCUGAAGGAGGCCUGCCCCAACAGCAGCGCCAGCCCAGGUGAGGCUGCUCUGUCCUCCUCCCGCCCCUGUCGCCGUCCCUGCUCCUGACUUGGGAGUGCACACCUGUGUGUGUGCCCAGCGCGGUUAGUGUCCUCAGAGAAGCCGCGAACGAUGCCCAUGGACACCAGUGUCUACGAGAGCCCCUACAGCGACCCCGAGGAGCUCAAAAACAAGAAGCUCUUCCUGAAGCGUGAGAACCUCCUCAUGGCUGACAUCGAACUCGGCUGCGGCAACUUCGGUUCAGUUCGCCAGGGCGUCUACCGCAUGCGCAAGAAGCAGAUCGACGUGGCCAUCAAAGUGCUGAAACAGAGUACGGAGAAGGCGGACAAGGACGAGAUGAUGCGGGAGGCACAGAUCAUGCACCAGCUGGACAACCCCUACAUCGUGCGGCUCAUUGGGGUCUGCCAGGCCGAGGCCCUCAUGCUGGUCAUGGAGAUGGCCGGCGGCGGUCCCCUGCACAAGUUCCUGGCCGGGAGGAAGGAGGAGAUCCCCGUCAGCAACGUGGCGGAGCUGCUGCACCAGGUGUCUAUGGGGAUGAAGUACCUGGAAGAGAAAAACUUUGUGCAUCGUGACCUGGCGGCCCGCAACGUCCUCCUGGUCAACCGGCACUACGCCAAGAUCAGCGACUUCGGGCUCUCCAAGGCCCUGGGUGCCGACGACAGCUACUACACCGCCCGCUCAGCCGGGAAGUGGCCGCUCAAGUGGUAUGCGCCUGAGUGCAUCAACUUCCGCAAGUUCUCCAGCCGCAGUGACGUCUGGAGCUAUGGAGUCACCAUGUGGGAGGCCUUCUCCUACGGGCAGAAGCCCUACAAGAAGAUGAAGGGCCCGGAGGUCAUGGCUUUCAUCGAGCAGGGCAAGCGGAUGGAGUGCCCACCAGAGUGUCCCCCUGAGAUGUACAAGCUCAUGAGCGAUUGCUGGACCUACAAGUGGGAGGACCGCCCGGACUUCGCCGCAGUUGAACAGCGCAUGCGCACCUACUACUACAGCUUGGCGAGCAAGGCGGAGGAGCCCGGCGCUUGUGCAAAUGGGGUUGAGGCUGCGUGUCCCUGAGCUCCACCCGGCCCAGGGCCUGAGGCCCCCAUGCCCCCAGCUUUUCCUCCUGUGCCCUCAGCUCUCUCCCGGGACUUCCAGGCUGGGCCCGGCCCAGUUUCUCUCUGGCCCACACUGGUCUGGUAUUCCCAGCCUGGUCACCUGGCCCCUCUGGCUGGAGGAGGAAGCAAGACCUGAAGAAGAUAGUCCUGGACUGGAAGCUACAGGGGAGCCCUGAGCUGAGGGGGGUUGCUUACAGCUGGGACCCUCCUUCCUCUGGGUCCAGAAAGGCAGACUCUGGGAAUCAUCAGGCUGUGAGACCUGGAAUCAUUGGAUAAAUUCUAGCCUCUCCCUUGUUUGGAAUCCCUCAUCUUUCUGGGGUGGGGCUGGGAGGACCAGGAAAGGGUCAAUGCACGGGGUCCAUGAGAAGUGCCUGAAGCAGCUGUUUUUGUGUGGGUCUGGGGGCUGCUUUUCCCACCCCUCUGCCCUGGGAACAUGUUCCUGUGAGUCGGGGGUCUGUGGGAGGUGAGCCUGGGGCCUGAGGGGCCAGGGUCACUGCUGACCCCAGUUGCCAGACCUUUGUGGACGGCGUGAAAUAGGUGCUGCCCAUGUUCACUGCGUGUGAGCCAUCACCUGCAGAGACUUAAACACCCUGCUGGCACCUCCCCUCAGCCACGCCCCAACUUGUGCUUUUAAAGUCUCUUCAGGUGAUUCCAGCAUUCUGUCCCACCUACUCAGCUGCCUCCCCCUCUUCCCUGGGCCCAGGCAGUCACAGCUGGGAAUCUUUAUCAACCUGAUGCCCCAUUGCGGACUCUGUCCCGGCUCAAUCCCGCUCCAGAGAAGACCUGUCCAGGCCCUCGCUGCCUCAGCUUCCCCGCCUGGAGAUUUGGGGUGCUGGAGCUCAGAAACUAACCGGGUGGGUGAAACAGAGCCAGGUCCCUGCCUCUUUUCUGGACUCACUCCCCCUUCCUCAACUGCAGUUAACCCCAUGCUCAGUUCCCUGGCCUCAAAGAGCCGAGGGCUCCAGGGCGGCCAUGAAUCCCCCUCGAAACCAGGGAGAUGCCAGGAGAUUUUCUGCAGCUUCGGGGAAGGUAGAUUUUUUUUCUGUUUGUUUGUGGAGCUCUAGAAAGUCAGAGGCUCUUUCGUAGAACUAUAGGGUGCGGGUGGGGGGACAGGGGCUUUCGGGAUUGUGUGGAGGCUGAGCACGAGACCUGGGUGGGGAUACAUUAUUUGGUAAAUGUACAUAUUAGUUUGUAAACUGACUGUGUUACUGACUUUAACACCAUUAAAAUGCAAAAAUUGUUUUUUAACUUUUCAAGUGAAUGAACAAAUCAAGAAAAGGUACAUCAAUAGUACUGUUUUGUGGCUUCCCAAGUUGUACUGUUUGCAGGUAUUUUAGUUUUAUUAAACCACUUGUUAUUCCUGGAUAAUUAUUUACAUUGUGACAUAAAGUAUUAUAUCACAAUGGAAAACA